GCGCGGCGCGCGGUGAUGACGUCACUCCACGCGCGCCGGCGCCGCCGCCGGUACCGGAGGGUCCCGAGAGCGGCGGGCAGCGGGGCGGAAGUGACGUCAGAGGCAGCGCGGGAAACGGCUGGGGAUGGGCGGGAGUGACGUCAGCCCCGCCCCCUCGCUGCGAUUGGCCCUGGCCGGGGCCUGGUGGACUCUCAGGGGGCGUGGCCGCGGUGGGGCGUGGCCCCGGUGGGCGUGGCUGGGGGCGGCUCCUGGCGCUGCUGGAGGCCGUGGGGGGCGGGGCCCCGGCACUGCUGCGGCCCCAGCACCGGGCGGGGCUCAGCCUGGGGCUCAAGGCGCAGGUGGUGACGUCACUGCUGCGGGAGCUCGGCCCCUCCCCCGCCGUGCUGGACGCGCUGGAUUGGCUCUUCCCGGAGGGGGCGGGGCCAGGGGAUGGCCACGCCCUCGGGACGCUGCAGGGGCGCCCCCCUGGUGGCCGUGGCCGAGGAGCACUUCCGGGAGCAGGUGCUGGGAAUUCUGGGAAGUGGGCGGGGCCUGGAGGCCUUCCUGCAGGAGUACGGGCCCCGUUUCCGGCGCUCCCUGGGGAAUCUCUUCCUGGAGUUCCUGCUGCGCGUGGAGAGCGCCCUGCCCCCCCCGACCUGCCCCAGUUCCGGUGCCGCGCUCACUUCCGGCUCAGAAAACCACGCCCACGACGAAGCCCCGCCCCCGCCGCCGCAGGCUCCGCCCCCUUCGCUUCUCCCCCUACCACGCUGACGGGAAAAGAGAUCGAGAUCGACAUCGAGCCCACGGACAAGGUGGAGCGGAUCAAGGAGCGGGUGGAGGAGAAGGAGGGGAUCCCCCCCCAGCAGCAGCGGCUGAUCUACAGCGGCAAGCAGAUGAACGAUGAGAAGACGGCGGCCGACUACAAAAUCCAGGGGGGCUCCGUCCUCCAUCUUGUGCUGGCCCUGCGAGGGGGCGUGGCCAGGCCCUGAGGGGGCGUGGCCAUGCUCUGACCACGCCCCCUUUCCCUUUAAUCCACACCUACCUUCAUUUCCCCUUUCCCUGAGGUCGUUUCCUGUUCAUGGAUCCGUUAUUAUUUAAUAAAGGUUCGCUGAUGACGUCAGCAGCGCGUUUGUGACGUCA